AGAGGGCUCCCGAUCUAAAUCAACUUACUUUGAUAUAAAGAAAUAACAGUGCCAAGUUUCAUGCUUUAUUCAAGAAAAGUAAGGUUCGACCUCUUUUUGUCAAUAAUAACCCAUACUACUUAGCUUACUUCAUAAACGUAAAUUGAUGUCACUGCUAUUGUCAAUGUCAAUCUGAUACUGAGAUCAAUUGACAAACAAAUUUGCGGUGUUCGGUUCAUUUCGUAUCUUGAUGAUGCAAAUUUAUAUUAUAAAUUAUAAUAGUCAUUAAGAUUAUUCCAAUGGUGGAUUAAUUAGAACAAAGUUGAAAAUGCCUUUCUCCAAAACUGCUAUAUCUCUUCUGUGCGUGUUGUUAUUACUUUCAAUAUUUGUGACGAAUUUGCUUAACAGUAUUGCGACGAAUCACAGUUACUCUGAAAACCAGAGAGAAGGCGAAAAUUUCACCAAAUACUUGGCUGAUAAAUACGGACGCAUAACAGACGCAAAGGAAAAUUUAAUUUGGUUUAUGCAAAUUUCUGACAUCCAUUUAAGCAUAUUUAGGGAUCCAGGGAGAAUAUCACAGUUUCAGCAAUUUUGUGAUAGUACUGUGAAAAAAAUAAAACCAGCAAUUGUACUAGCAACUGGGGACUUGACUGAUGCUAAAGCCAAGGAUAACCUGGGCAGCUCCCAGGUGAAGACAGAAUGGGUCUAUUACCACAAUAUUAUUAAGGAAUCCAGAGUCACAGAAGAAACUGUUUGGUUAGACAUAAGAGGCAAUCAUGAUAAUUUUAACAUUAGAACAUUAAACUCACAAGAAAAUUUCUUCAGAAACUUUUCUGUUCAGGGAAAAACAUAUCCUAAAUCAUAUGUGCAUUUUGAAGAGAAGAAUGGUGUAAGAGUUGCAUUUAUUGGCAUAGAUGCAUGCCCAGAGCCUGGUUUGAGGAGACCAUUCAACUUUGUUGGUAUUCUUGACAGCCAAGAACAAAAACAAAUAAAGAAAUUACAAGCAGAGGCAAAUGCAAAAGCUGAUCAUAUUGUUUGGUUUGGGCACUAUCCUACAUCAUGCAUUCUAUCACUUGACACAGGGACAGAGAAGCUGGAUCUGAGGACACUGAUUGGUGAUAGCGAAGGCUCUCAAGUAUAUGUGUGUGGACAUCUGCAUACUAUGGCUGGCCGUGUUCCUAAAAUGUACACAAGGCAUAGAAAAGGAUACAUGGAAAUUGAAUUAGGAGAUUGGAAAGACAACAGAAUGUAUCGCCUUGCAGCCAUUGAUCAUGGUAUAUUUUCAUUUGUAGAUCAGAAACAUAACACAUGGCCUCUUGUGUUGGUCACAAACCCAAAAAAUGCAAAAUAUACUUUGCCUGGAAGAGAACCCUUGCAAUUGCUGCCAGAUUCAACCCAUAUAAGGAUCCUUGCAUUUAGUGAUGUCGAUAUUGAUACUGUUCAAAUAUCAUUUGAUAAAAUUAGCUGGAUGAAUUGUAAACACUCAGAAGGACCUCUUUAUGUCUGUUUAUGGCUGCCACACUUGUUUUUACGAGAUAUUAAUUAUCUCUAUGUAACAGUCAGUGAUGAUUUGGGAAAACAGGCAUUUGUUGAACAUCCAUUUUCUAUGGAUGGUUCAACAUUGAAUUUUGACAUAAUGGCGAGAAUACUUCUUAUGCUUGAUGCACGAGUAGUGUUCCAGGCAAUAUUUGGAACUCUUCUUUUAAUGAACGUUUUACCGCUAGUGUAUUUACGGUGGCAAAAGCAACCUCCGAGAUGUCGAAGAAGAUUGACCCGAUAUGUGCUGAGAAGCCUAUGGCUCUUGAGUAAAAUUGACAAAAUAUACUAUCCCAUUGUUCUGUAUGCAGUUUACGUGCCACUCGGACCCUGGGCGGUCGGCGAGCUCAUCGAUGGACACGUAGGCGUGGUUUUCGCCUGGGGAAUAUUAAUAAAAGGAACAUUUUUGCCUGAACCUUUCACUUAUAUGUAUGGAGGCGUACAACUACUUUUUAUACAAAUCCCUCUUAUAUUUGUGUUAUCGCACACAUUACAGAAUCGACUUUAUAGUUCAUCUUCUAGAGGCUUAAAAAGAUUGAUUCAGAAUCUACCGUUCAUUAUGCUGCUCUCAGUUCAGUUGUUGUUGGCAUACUUCUUUUGGCUAGAAUAUGGAAGUCUGGCUUUUAUAUUUGGACCUCUCAGAACAUGGAGUGUUUUACUAAGUAUUACAUUGUGGUACAAAACCUUAACACUACCUCCCGAUUACUGCAGAAAACUUGUACACUUGAACGACUACACACCAUCGUAAUAUUGUUUUCGCGUGAAGAUAUCGGAUGAUGCAUUGAAUAAAUCAUUUUAUAAGAGAGCAGCUGCUAACAGAAAAGGUAUUCCUGCAUUAUUGCGUGGAUAAUAGUUACUGUGUGAACUUGGUAAAUUAUGAGAGGUAAACUAUUCGUUAUAAACUAAAUAAUAUUUUUUAAAUAUUCGGCGUGGUCUCUGAGAAAAAGUCUGUGUUUUAGUAUUAGUGUCCAGUGUAAAUAGAGAAAGCGAUUUCGCUUAUAGACUCAAACUGUUUCAAGCAAUGUCGGUACGAAGUCGGCUUGUUAUCAUUAAUACCUAACAUUGCCGUUUUGAAGCCAAAUGCUUUAAAUUGUUUAGGACGAAGCUUAAAAGUAGCCUUGGUCUCAUAUCACACCAGUAUUUACUGCAUAUUGUUCAUGGGCUGCACACUAGACCGCUUGCUGGCGACGGUUUGUAGUCCUCUAUGGCGGUGAUCAGUUAAUCAGAAAAGUAAAGCCACGCUCAAUAAGGCUGUAGGCUUGAAACGUCUCAGGAGCAUGUAGGUAGGGUACUUGUGAUCAAAUAAAGACUUAGUCUUGUUAAUGGUAAUUAAUAGAAUCAGGCGUUACUUUGCGAAAAUCCAUGCUAAUUAAAGCAAGAAAUAUUACUUUGCUAAUCCGCGAGAAAAUAACGUGUUAGUCAAUCAGUGCUAACCCGUUAUACUUACUUGCGUAUUUUUACAUGCAAUUAAUGUUCCCACUCUCCCACCGCAAAAUUAAUACGCAAAUAAAUAUAACAACCCACCACCAAAAGUACAAAACUCGACACGUGUUUCGCUUCUCUACGAGGCAUCCUCAGGAGAUGCUGGAAAUGUUGACGGUCUGACACCCGACAACUGACUGGAAGUCCAGUAAAAAUACGCAAGUAAGUAUAACGGGUUAGCACUGAUUGACGAACACGUUAUUUUCUCGCGGAUUAGCAAAGUAAUAUUUCUUGCUUUAAUUACUUGUUAAUGGUGUAAAAUAUAAUCGCACGCGUCAAAUUGUUAAUAAUUGCCAUGAAGAUAAACUGAAAUAUAUGUCAUAUCUACAUCCAUAUCAUAACCUCCCUAUAAUAUAUUCAGAAACGAUAAGCGGCCUAUAUUAAAAAACCUGUACCUGUGGUAGCAUCUUAAAGUUUAAAGUACAGUAUCGAUAACCGAUAUUUUAAUUACAUUCAAAUUUAGAACAUCUCCGAAAAACAAAGUAAUUUGAUUUGACCUCUAUUCUAAUAGUAAUAACAGUCGAGAUUACGUUUUAUUAUUAAAUUAUAGACUUAAACGCGUAUUGAGUUUUAAAUUUAUCUCCGACGUUUCGAGGACGGCGUUGUCCCCGUUUCGGAGAAGACUGGGUAAAGUUGACAUCAAUAUCUACUAGCCGCUUUUUUGUUUUGAACUACCCGCACUUGGUCUUGUUUAUUAACUUGAACGUUUUGCGCACUAGGGAUGUUACUCUGUCGACAAACAACACUAACGAUAUUCGAUUUGGCGACUGUCGAUAUUCGUUUCCGCUUACAUAUACUAAUGACUGGAUUUCAUUUGGAUGAGAUCCGCAAAUCCUCGUCCCCUGCAUUGAAAUUGCAAUCUUUUUUUAUUUGUGUUCCCGCACUUUUCUGCUAAAAAAAGCCACGUUUCUAUAAUUUAAUAUUGUGUAAAAAUCGUGAAAGUUUAAAUCAGUGAGCUGAUGUUUUAUUCGAAAUUAAGUGUCAAUUGCAAAGAAUGAGGGCUGCCGCUAUCGCGUUAAAUUUCGCUGCCAGGGGCGUUAUCUAGCUAGAGGGAGGGCUUUAAAAAUGCAUAGAAUUUUUGGGGGCUGCAAACUCCUUAUUCAUAAUUGUAAAUAUUUUUCCAUCUUUGAUUAAUCAUGGUAAACAUUUGAUAUAGUUCAUUAAAUGUUGGUGGUUAUAAAAAAGUGCAAAUGAAAAUUAUAUGCAAAUUUAAUAAGGUUGAAAAAACGGCAAAUUUAGACGUUAAAAUGUGUGAGUAUACGUAUAUAACGUAUUGAUUUGUUAAAACUAAACAUAGCAGAAUUUUGAGAUCUGUUCUUCUGGACCUACAUCUACUGUGGCGCCAACUGGUGAGCACAAAAACGGUAGCCGUCAUUUUGACAAAUCUCGCAUGUUAUUUAAUAUAGAACGAUAUGGCAGAUGGCCUCGACUCUAGUUUGUCUCUGAAUUAAAAAUAACUGCGGAUGUGUGACAUGCGUGAAAAUGUUUUCAUUUUGGUACUGCCAAUUGACCUUCAGUUUAUCUUUUAAUUCGUUUGUAAGUUAGUUUAAAAUUACUUUAUUUUAUUUCGUAUGAAGUAAGAUAUAGGUAUAAAGAUAUUUCGGAGACGCCACUUCAUAUCCGCUGGCUCCGCGAGAGAGCAACGAUACCCCAACGCCGGCAGUAACAUGCAGUUCCCGAAUAUAUUAUAGAGAGCUUAUAAUAUGUGACUGCGGCCGGCAAAAUGUCCCAAUUUUUUCACGCUUGCCAUAAGGACGCCUUGUCAGGUUAUUUGUAUAAAGACACAAGCUAAUCUCGCCUUUAUGGCAAGCGACAAAGUGGGACGUUUUGGCGGCCGCGGUCACAAUUAUGUCUGUAGAUAAAGCAGUGUUUGUAACUAUACAUAAUUAUUAGGCGUUAAACACUCGCCUUUUAUGCCUUACUCGUAUUUUAAUGCCUUUCAUUAUGUAGUAGUCACAUUAACUACUAUAAUAAAUUAAUUUAAUGUUUUUUGGUGAGAAAACGAAAGUGUAUUAAUUAAAGCCAAAAACAAACUUAAUCAAUAAAUGUUCCUUGGUUGAAUAGGUACCACGAUGAUCACAUACGUAGAUAUCAUGUAGCCAGUUGCAAGAGAGUAAGAGGUUGCAAAAAUAGGCUCUCGUUAAAGAUAAAGUUCGUCAUUCGUUCGUUCGUCGUGCGGUGCCGCAGGACUAGCAGGGGCUAUUAACUUAAUAGGAUAUUUAAUAAUAACGGUUUUUGGAACGAAACCGAAAUGAUAAAGUUUCACGUCAAAUACGGUAUAAACAGGUCUGACGAGUCUAACCUUUAAUCUCCUCGUGCAGUAUUUUUUCCUUAAAUAUCUAUCGGUUAAAAAUCCCCUCUAUACGUAAUUAUUAGGCGUUAAACACUCGCUUUUUAUGCCUCACUCGUAUUUUUAUGCCUUUCAUUAUGUAGCAGACACAUAAACUACUAUUAUCUACACACUGAUAAACAUAAACCCUCUAUGAUGCCUUCAAAAUCCGUAAAUUAUGGCCAACAUUACGAUAAACUGUUUUGUUACAACAAAUUUCUUAUCUGUGAUAAGUUAUAGGGACCGUGCGCGUUGGAGGGUCUGCCAUCUUGUGGCCUGAAUCGGAACCAUAAACAUGCACAUGUACACGUCACGUGUUUUCUUGUGCAUAGUAGGUUCUGCCAUCUUGUGGGCUACAUCGGACCAAAAAACAUCACAUUUACGCCUCGCGCCAAAAAUCUGACGGCUCCUGUGCUGCCUCCUACAGUUCAUGCACGCUCCCUAUAGCUUCAUAACUACAUCAAAAUCGAUUUGGUUAUGCAUUCAAAUUUGGAACAUCUCUGAAAAAAAAAGCAAUUCGAUUUGACCUCUAUUCUAAUAUCAGUCGACGUGCCUUUUUGUUCGAAAUGAAAUGUCAUUUGCAUACAAUUUUGACUAUGUCGCAUGUUAGUUUGUAUCGAAUGAUACGGAAAUAGGUCCACUCUAGUUUGUCUCUGAAUAAAAUAAAAAAAACUACAUGCCUGAAAACAGUUUUAAUUUACCGCCAUUUUACGUACAGUUUAUAUUUUAAUUAGUUUUAAGUAUAAAAUGAAUAUGUUUUAUUGUUUUUAAGGUAACUAUAGCAAAAGUUUCGUGUAAAAUAAGCGAUAAAAAUAUUUCGGUGACGCCACCAUAUAUCCGCGAGUUCCGCUAUGCCCCAACGGAGGCUGUAAUUUGGGGUUAGUGAAUAUUUCAUAGAAAGUUUAUAAUAUGUGUGUAGAUAAAAUAGUGUAUGUAACUGUACAUAAUUAGGCAUUAAAACACUCGUGUGAUCUUUCUAAGAAACUCACUUCGUUCGUUUCUUAAACCCACACUCGUGUAUUUUGAUGCCUUUUAUUAUGUAGCAGUCACAUUAACUACUAUAACCGUUAAAUGACGCGUGGGUAAUAUAACUUAAGCAUUAAUAAUCACCAUUUAUUAAAUUAAAUAAUUGAUUACAUUCCAAAUGAGUCAUCACAUGUCUUCUUAGAAUAUUUGUUUUUAACUAUCGUAGGUUACUUUUACUAGCUAGGUACGCAGUAGUAUUAUUCUGCAAAAUUUUAGCACGCUUUUACAUAUUUCAACCAAUAAGAGGUCAAACCCUUUUAUUACCUAUUUUUAGUUACCUACCAACAAAGAGGUUAGGUAUAUAUGUGCUCGUGUUAAGUAGGUAGAUACUGUACAUUUGCAGUACUUAAAUCGAGAUAUCUUAAACGAGCGGUUGUUUUAUGCGAUAAACGCUGCGUUUACCGCGACGCGUUUGAUUUUUUUAUUAUUAUUAUUUAUUUAUUGAAAACAAGUUUACAUGACAUUACAGUUUGUAACUAAUGCGCCAUGAAAGUUAAGUACAUUUACAGUAUUAUUAUACAUUUAUAAGACUACAUUAUUACAGUUGGUAAUUUGAAAGCCUUAGUCUUCGAUAGCAGUUCGCAGCAAGUGAUGACAGGUGCUCGUUAAAUGUGAGAUGAGUAUCAAAGACAAGACACGACUUAUGGGCUCGGGUCCCAGCGCUUGGCAGAGUUAAAAAGAAGUUUGUUUUCCAUUUGUUGUUCCAUCAGUUGAUAAUCAUUUUAUCUAAUUACCAAACAUUGUUUUACGCGGUGAACGCAGCGGUAGCCGCAGCGUGAGACGCAAUAUGUCAAACGCACAUAAAAUAUUUUAGUAAUAUUUAAAUAGUAUGUAAGGAGCAUCCUUGUUGAUUGCGUGAAACGCGUCCGUUCGAAGCAAGCGGUUAGGGUCUCCCCAAAUCUAUCUAUGCGGAAUCCGGAAAAGCUUUGUGUCUAUGUAAUAAGAGCGAAAAUGACGUUGCUCGACUCUGCUCGUCUCGGACGACGUCUUACGAUGCGACGUCACGAUGUCUUUUUCGCUCUUGUUUCGUAGACGUUUUUUUAAUUUGGUCAUAAUGAAGUUUAUCAAUAAUUAACUAAUACCUACUGACAUGAACUGCACACAAAGACGCACAAAAUAACAACGAAGAGCGAAAAAGACGUCGAGCCGAGCCGAGCGACGUCUUUUUUUUUUCGCUCUUAUUAUGUAGACCUAAAGCGAAAAAGACGUGGCUCGGCUUGGCUCAGCCGACGCCUUAUGACGCGACGCGUUGACGUCUCUUUCGCUCUUAUUAUGUAGAUAUAAAGCUUUUUCCUAACGGCUUUUGCCGAUUCCGCGUCGAUCGGUGUGGAGAAACCCUAAAUAGCAUUACAGACGCAACGUUGUACGUAUAAAACAAAGUUGCCCUACCUAGUCGGUCACUAAGUUCUGUUACUAGGUUUUCAACUGAUUAAAUACAUAUAAAAUAAAGUUUAAGCACAGUUUGAUAGCUUAUUUUGUAAUGAUCAAAACAUGAUAUAAUAAUGUAAAAUUCAGAUGGAGAAUUUAUGGGAAUCCUCGGAAAGCUCCAGUUUGCCUGAAAACGUAAAUACGCUGUCAAUUUAUGAAAAUUACGAGGGUGGAUUGAAAAAUUCGCGGCCUGAAUAUUAAAAACAAAACAGAGGUUUUUUAAUGUAUUUUUAUUUUUCUACAUAGUCCCCGUCGAGUUGAAUGCACUUGUUCCAUCUGGAUUCCAGAGCCAUUACACCACUUUUGAAGAAGCUUUCCUCGAGACCUUCAAAAUAGGCAUCCACCUCAGCUUGGACCUCGGCGUUGCUUGAAAAUUUCAUACCACCCAUGUUUUUUUUUAAUUGGGGAACAGAUGAAAGUCCGAUGGUGCUAAAUCGGGUGAAUAGGGUGGGUGGGGCAAUAAUUCAAACCCACAUUUGGCAAUCUCCGCCAUCGAUUUUAGUGACGUGUGAACACCGUGCAUUGUCCUGGUGGAAGAUAACUUUCUUUGUCAACAUUCCAGGUCUUUUUAUCUUCAGAGCCUCGCGUAAUCUGCGUAAUAAUUCGCAAUAAUAGUCGGAAUUUAUAGUUUUACCUCUCUGGAGAUAGUCAACCAUUAUUAUUCCCUUUGCAUCCCAGAAAACAGAUGCCAUGACUUUAUUGGCUGACAAAAUUGCUUUGGCUUUUUUGGGAGGCGGAGAUCCAGGACGAACCCACUGCUUCGAUUGCUGUUUGGUCUCUGGUGUAUAGUGGUGGACCCACGUCUCAUCCAUAGUUACAAAUCUGUUCAAAAAGUCUUGAAUAUCGGCUUCAUACAGGUCUAGACAUUCACAUGAAUUAGUACGGCGAGCGAUUUUUUUGUUCCACUGAAAGGACCCAUCUCGCCGACACCUUGGAAAAACCUAAUUGGUUGACUAUAAUAUUUUGAGUUCUUUCAUAAGAGAUGCCUACAAUGUCAGCUAUUUCCCGCACCUUUAAUCGCCGGUCUUUCAUUAUCAUUUCGCAUAUAAUUGCCACAUUGUCCGUGUUAGUCACCGUUGUUGGCCUCCCGGGACGAGGGUCAUCUGCGAUACUAUCUCGUCCACGCUUGAAUUCAGCUGCCCAUUUUUUCACCAUCGUAUAUGAUGGACGGGAUUGCCCGAAUGUACUUUGCAUAUCAUCAUAAAUUUGCUUCGGUGUCAAUCCUUUUUUAUGUAGGUAUUUAAUCACAGCACGCUGCUCUAAUUUCUCCAUUUUCACGAUAUCUACCGACACGUAACUUUAAAUAUGCCGUAAAAUUGCUUUUAAAUAUAGUCGCCAAUUGAAAUUUCGCGGGAAGACAGUUGAAUAAUGACAGUUCAAAAUGGCGGCAGAAAAAAGAAAUAUUUUUUUUUUUUAUUGGCCAGGCCGCGAAUUUUUCAAUCCACCCUCGUAUACUUUACAAAAGUGUGGCCAAUGCAAUCUUGCAACUUUGCCAGAAGGUUCAAUUGUCGGUUUUAAUAAGGCCUCUAAUAUAUUACCGCAAAAUUGUGACCACCAUUUUUUUUACCAGUUUAUACCUAAGAUAUUCCCCUCAAAACAUUGUAUAUUUUUAAGUUUCGCACGAAAACUUAUAGAUUUAGACAAUUGUACGGUUCGGGUGUAGCAAAGGGUACCCAGGACUUAGAAAAAAAAUUCGUCGGUGUGAUGUCAAAUUGACACAACUUUUUUAUGAUUGUAUCUUACAGAAUAUGUCAAAAUAAACAGGUUUUACUUAAAAAUCUUUUUUCUAAAAUUUAAAAAUACCGAGAUAGUGCACUCCAAAAUCAAUAGCAUUAAAAACGACAUGAAUAGGGCGCGUACUUUUGACGUGUUUUUACUACGCCAUUUUUCCGAAGGAAUUCUGCAAAACCAGAACAACAAGCUUUACAACUGUAUACAUGAACAAAUUAAAAAUCGCUGCCUAUUUCAUUUUAUUCCGUGAAAAUUCUGGUAAUAAGACUUUGUGACCUACUUGGUAAGUAAUGUUGUUUUCUGCCCUCCGUGCGGAAAGCGUCAACUUUGCUCCCGCUGCGCUAAACGAAGUUGCCGCUUUCCGCCUCCGUCGAGCAGAAAAAUAAUAUGCGCACCACGGGAGGAAUCGUAGUAGGGCUUGCAAUAUCGGACGGUUUCCAAUUCCGGAACUGAUUUUCGAUAUUAGGUCCCAAUUCCGGAAUUACGGAACUGCUACCGGAAUUGAGGUUCACCAUAUUUUUAUUAGUAAAAAAAACAACAAAAAAUGUGAAAUACUGAUACUGUACCUGUACGUCUAUCAAAGAAAGUAUUCUUUCAAUGGAAAUUUAUUUGAAGUAUUAUUAAUCGAGAAAUAUCAAUAAAUUGACUAGUGCCGCCUUUGCCCCUCUUAUUUUAGCACAUUAUUACUAUGGUCACUUUUAUCUACUUCAAUGAUACGGUGUAUUUAUUUGGGGAAACUGCGGAUGCAAACCAUUUGAUGCCUAAAUUUAUAUAAUGUCUAAAUAUAACGGCAGUGUAGCCUAGUAGGUAGUGGCUCUGUUUACGAAGAUAAAGGUCCUGGGGUUCCGAUCUCGGUAAGGGUAUUUAUUGUGUUUAUAACGAUUAUUUGUUCCUGAAGUAAGGUUGUGUUUUAUGUAUUAAAGUAUUUAUCUAUACCUAUUACCAUUGUGCAUUGUAGACUAGUGCCCAAAACGCAAUCCUUAUUAAGAUUAAACUAAAUGGGCUAAAUGAUUAAAAUUAUUUUAUUAGCGGUUCAUUACCACCGUAUGAGAAAAAAAACCCUGAUUGCUUUUUAUGAAGCUUAAAAUAAUAACUGUAAUGGCUCAUAAACUUAAUGCAAAACAUACUAUAACGUUACACUUUUCAUGUUUGGUUUUUUACUUACUAGUUCCUAAUUCAGAAUAUAAUAUGUGUUGCUACAGAAACCGAAAAUUUUCAUUAUCGAAACUUAUUUCUGAAUUGUGAAUGAAAUAUCCAAAAUUUAUAGAUUUGAAUUCAAAAGUUAAGCACAUCACAAGCAUCUUAAGCUUACCGUGGGACUUAGUUAAUCUGUGUAAGAAUGUCAUAUAAUAUUUAUUUAUUUAUUUUGACAACCUGUCUAGCUUAGUGGGUAGUGACUCUGCUUAUGAAGCCGAUGGUCCCGGGAUCAAAAUGUUCAAAUCCUGGUUAAGGCGUUCUCUAUGUAUUUAAGUAUUUACAAAUAUUUAUAUAUUAUAUAUAUUGUUGUCUAAGUACCCUCAACCCAAGCUUUAUUGAGCUUUCCGUGGGAUUUAGUCAAUUUGUGUAAGAAUGAAUUUAUUUAUUUAAAGUUUCGCAUAAGUACGAUUCUGGGCAAGUAUAAAUGAAUGUAUGCUGUAUCGGAUUUACUUUAUACUUCGUUUUAGCACUAGAAAAAAGGUAAACAAUCUAAUCUUGACGGUCUUUUUAUUGAAAAACGCUUUUUGAAAAUAAGUAACUUUUACUUAUGAAAGCAAAGCAAUAUAAAAUGAUCGUAUAGGUAUCAUUUAUAAUUGUUACAUACUGACUUAUUUUUCAAACCGUUAUUCAAUAAAAAUACAUGUCAAUAUCGCUUACAUUAAUUCUAAUGCUAAUAAAACGAAGUCUAGCAAGUAAAUAUCAAAAGUAAAAAAAAUGGUUAAUGCGACCUGUUAAUGCAUGCUGCUAGAAUUCAGACUUUUGUCAGCGACACCUUAAACACCAGCAUAGUGUAGUGUCUUUAUGUCUUAUCGAUUUUCAGUAGUAAACGUAAUAAAAUCCGAUUCCGGAAAUUUCGA